AAAAAUCAUUUUAAACUGUUAGAUAAGUUUCGUUACUUGACAGAAGUUAUUAUUAUUUGAUGUGUGAAGAACGAUGUAUCUUCAUGUGGUUGAUUUCCUUUCUGCGAAAAUAGGUACUUCUACUAAAAUAGCAGCAGCUAGGCAAGGAGAAGAGAAGCGGUACCAUUCCUUAACACGUAAUGGCUGACGUUCCUUGUUGCUAAAACUUUUACUUUACCUCUACUAAGAAUAACUUCUUCAGAAUUAUAAUUCUUCACAUUUCCCUGCUAGAUACAUGCUCAAAAAAUUCCCUUUUUUUUUUAAUGGACGUGACUCUGAUGUGAAACAAUGAUCCUCUUGGAUAAUGUGCUUCCUAUCGUCGAUGAUUUUGAUCCUCCCAAAUGUCUCAGUGAACGCUGUCAUGACAUAUUUCCUGAUUUUGUAACGUUUGUCAUCAUACCGGCUGCUGUAUUGCUUUUGGUUGUUCUCUUUCUCAGCUGCAUGAUGUGUUGUGGUAGAGUUGGCAUAGAGAAAAGAAUUUGUCAGACACCAGAAUCUGAGCUGACUCAGUACACUUCAAUUCGGCAAGCUUCCCUUAGUCUUCGUCAGUUAUCAAAUAAUCGUGAUACUCCAAUAAAUAUAAGAAGUGCCUCUUUGUCACUUGCACAUCAAAAGCGCCGACAGCGUCUCAACAAGGCCCAUGGAAAUACAUCUCAAUCUGCCCCAACAACGUUACAGAGAUGAAGAUCAGAGAAAAACUGAUUGCCAUGCAGUAUAUUCAGAUACAAAGCUGAGACAGCCAAGAAAUCUACAGAGGAAUAAACAUUUUCGGACUCUAAUCACAAUUGUAAAAAAA